GCUGCUUUUGUUGGGCUAAGCUUUGGUUUCUAGAUCCACAGAAAUAUCAACAACUUGUUCCUGGACGCAAUUUGCGAACUAUCUCGGUUCAGUGAGUUUUUGUGAUCCAUUUUCAAUUUGGAAGAAAUUUGAUUACUGAACACCAAUGGCCACUGAUAGUACUGAUGCUGAAUUAGCUCACCGGAAACCUUGUCUGCUGAAAGAUCAAGUUCAAUUGGUGAAGAGGAAAGAUUCCGAUCGCUAUGAGAUUUCUCCUAUUCCUGACAAAUUGUCUUUUGAGAAAGGCUUCUUUGCUGUUGUCCGGGCCUGUCAGUUGUUGACCCAGAAUAAUGAUGGACUAAUGGUGGUAGGGAUAGCUGGUCCUUCGGGUGCAGGGAAGACUGUGUUUACUGAAAAGAUGCUGAAUUUCAUGCCGAGCAUUGCUGUUAUUUCAAUGGAUAAUUACAAUGAUGCAAGUCGACUUGUUGAUGGAAACUUUGAUGACCCCCGAUUGACAGAUUAUGAUACUUUGCUGAAAAACAUUGAAGAUCUAAAGGCAGGGAUGCCAGCUGAAGUCCCAGUAUACGACUUCAAAACCAGCUCCCGCAUCAGUUACAGGACAGUUGAAGUCCCAAGCUCCCGCAUUCUGAUUAUCGAGGGCAUUUAUGCUUUAAGUGAAAAACUACGUCCGUUACUAGACCUCAGGGUAUCUGUGACAGGCGGUGUUCACUUUGAUCUAGUUAAACGGGUUUUGCGGGACAUACAGCGUGCUGGGCAGGAACCAGAAGAAAUAAUACACCAAAUAUCGGAAACGGUUUAUCCAAUGUACAAGGCUUUCAUUGAGCCCGACCUCCGUACUGCACAUAUAAAAAUCAUCAACAAGUUCAAUCCCUUCACUGGAUUUCAGAGUCCUACUUAUAUACUUAAGUCUAUGAGGAAUGUAACUACAGAGCAAGUCAAAUUUGUAAUGUCUGAGGGACAUUCAGAAAGUACAGAGCAGACUUACGACAUAUAUCUUUUGCCGCCUGGUGAAGAUCCAGACACAUGCCAAUCUUACCUAAGGAUGAGGAAUAAAGAUGGAAAAUACAAUCUCAUGUUCGAGGAAUGGGUCACCGAUCCUCCCUUCGUCAUAUCUCCAAGAAUCACUUUUGAAGUUAGUGUCCGACUCCUUGGUGGAUUAAUGGCACUGGGAUACACAAUAGCUGCCAUACUCAAACGAAGCAGUCAUGUCUUCUGCAAUGAAAGGGUCUGCGUGAAACUUGAUUGGCUCGAGCAAUUAAACCGCCAUUAUGUUCAGGUACAAGGUAGAGAUCGCAAUACCAUAAGAUGCGUAGCAGAACAGCUGGGGUUGGAAGGUUCCUAUAUUCCAAGGACGUACAUCGAGCAAAUACAGCUGGAGAAGCUUGUCAAUGAGGUUAUGGCUUUGCCAGAUGAUUUGAAAUCCAAGCUUAGCAUAGACGAGGAACUUGUCUCAAGCCCACGAGAGGCAUUUUCUCGAGCCUCGGCACAAAGGAUCAAGGAUCUAAGCAGUGGUAUGUCGCAUUCAUAUUCGACAAAUGGCGAUGCAAAUCUGUCCAAAAUCAAGAGGAGGUUCGAUGAUGGACCAUUGGGGAAACGAGCAGCGUUACCAAAUGAGGGAGUUCUUACACAGCUUUCAGAACAAAUCUCGACGCUACAUGAUCGGAUGGAUGACUUCACUUCUCGGAUUGAAGAGUUAAAUUCAAAGCUAUCGUAUAAAAAGUCCUCUCCUACUUCACCAAAGCUGCCAUCGACGUCUGAAGCCUGCAACGGAUCUGCUCCGACUUCCUACUUCAUUUCAGGUUUAGGGACAGGCUCCAUAUUGCCAAAUUCUGCAUCGUCUUCCCAGUUGUUGAAAGAUCCAUCUUUAAUCGAAGAGGUUUCAAACAUUUCCCGGAGCCAACGCCAAGUUAUGCAUCAGCUGGACAAUCUCAACAGCUUUUUACGCGGAAACCUGGUGGAAGUCACAGAUUCCAACAGUCGAUAUCGCGGAGUUGAGAAGAAGGAAAAUAGCGCAGCUAGAACUUCGAUGAUCUUAGCGUCUGUGGUAGUCGGAGGAUUAGCGAUUCUUUUGCUCAAGGGGCUUCCAUCCAUGCGUUGAGCUAGCACUGUAACUGUUUCUAUCGCUUCUCGACCCCUUUAACAGAUUUCGAAUAUUCAACUGUUUUAUAAUACAAUACUUCCUUGUAUCCCCCGGGAACAUCGAUAUCGAAAAUAAUUUUGCCAUUGUCAUCUCGGUUUUGCCUUGGAGAUUAACGUUCUCUGUAGAGCUGUGCAAUUGAAGGGUGUGGAUUUGCAGAUUCUC